AGUGCUAAAGUCAACAAAGCAGUCUUCAUGAGUUAUUGUUCAGAGUCUGGUUGCUGGGACCAGUUCUCAUCUCAGGAACAUCUUUCCUGGCCAGGCCAAAUAUGGGAGAGAGGUUACGCUUGGCAGUAGGAGUCAUGGGGAAUGCUGCUUCUUUGUUACUCUAUACGGCUCCCAUAUUAACUUUUUCAAGAGUCAUAAGGAAGAAAAGCACGGAGGGGUAUUCUUGUGUUCCUUAUGUUAUUGCAUUAUUAAACUGCCUUCUCUAUACUUGGUAUGGAUUGCCAGUUGUAAGCAAUAGGUGGGAAAACUUUCCUGUAAUUUCCAUCAAUGGCCUAGGGAUCCUUCUCGAACUCUCCUUCAUAGUCAUAUACUUAUGGUUCACUUCAGCUAGAGGAAAGAUGAAGGUAGCUGUGACAGUGACACCUGUUAUCGUAGUCUUCUGCACCACUUCAAUCAUCUCAGCUUGUUCUUUCCAUGGCCACCAUCAUCGAAAGCUAUUUGUUGGGAGUGUAGGACUAGUAGCCUCUGUAGCAAUGUACGGUUCUCCACUGGUGGUAGUGAAGCAAGUCAUACUUACAAGGAGUGUGGAGUUCAUGCCGUUCUACUUAUCUUUUUUCUCAUUCCUUGCUAGUUCACUUUGGAUGGCUUAUGGACUACUGAGUCAUGAUCUGUUUCUCGCGGCCCCAAAUCUGGUUGGUAGUCCUUUAGGUAUCCUUCAACUCAUGCUCUACUGCAAGUACAGGAAACGAGGAAUUAUGGAAGAACCUAACAAAUUGGAUUUGGAAAAGAAUGAUGAGAGAUCCAAACAGCUUCAGCUUACAAUUGAUGGGAGUUUGAAUGGAAAAAUUUAGAAAAAUCAACUGUGAUCUUAUUAGGUUCAAAAAAAUGCAUCAAUGCAUGCAUGCAUAUGUAUCUAAAGGCAUGCACAUAUAUAUUUUGCCAUUUCAGCAAUGUUUUGUGUCAUUCCAAGGGGUUGGUUUGUGAUUGGCAGUACUUAAUUUCACAAAGCAAUAAAUUUCAAUGAGCCUAGAAAGAGGAGAAACAGCCUCAGCUCUAGAA